AUGAACGACUUGAGAAUUUUGGAAUUUAUGGCAGAAUCACUCCACGAAUGGAUCAUUCUUCAAUCUUCAAAGAACUCAAGAAUCUUUGAUCGUCUUAUAUCAAUUCAACCACGUGUGUUUCUUCGCAACGGUGAAGCAAAGAAAAGUUUCCAAAGAUACCUUGCACUAUUUCGGGAUAAAUUAGACUCUAAAGUGAAGUGUAAAGAGAGCAUUUUAGAGGUACUGUUUGUGCAGUAUUUACCAGAAUCUAACUGUGGAUUUGUCGAGUUUUUAUGUCUGCAAUAUGGUGAAAACCAGGAUGAAAUGCACAGCUUAAAUUGUGGCUGGAGGAAAAAAUUGAUGAAAGAAGCAGAAGGCGUUUUAAACAAGGUGAGAAUAGCAAUCAAACUAUAGAGUGAUUUUACUUAGCCCGUGAAAUAGGCAGUAGAAUUCUACGCACUAUUAUGCACUAUUUCUAUUGUCUUCUUUUGUUUAUUUGCAGAUAUUUUGCACUAGUUGUUAUUUUAUUUUAAUAACAAUAUAAUAUGGAAUUUGAAAUUUAGCUAUUUGGAAUAUGGCUAUUUGAUACAAUCAAAACUUGAAAUUACUGACCUAUGAUCACGAGACACGUUUGGGCCUGAAAAUCUGUCUAUUAUAUGAUUAGUAAUAAUAUUGUUUGCACCCCCAGAGAGGGAGGCGGGGAGAGAAAUUAAAUAAUACAAACGGCGAUUGCACAAACAAAGUUUGUGGCGGGGGGGGGGGACAGGGGGCGGGGGCCUGAGAGAACAGGGGCGGGAUGGGUACGGGAGACGGGAGAAGAAAGGGCGGGAAGCGGGAUCUCUACAAUGAUUUGAAGCCAGAGACAAAUUCAAAAAGGCAAGUUUUUGUUAUUUUAGCUUACGUGUAGCUGCACACUCCCUCUUUCCACUUUUCCUUUGUCAGGGGGAGGGUGUGGCUACAGGUAGGCUAUCGUUAUUUGUUACUGCUUAUCAUCCAGUCAAAGAAAUACCCUGCAAGCAAAGGUUUCUCUCUUGCAUGGCUUUUAACUAUGAAGUCAUCCACGUGGCUUGUCUGUCGCGUAGUUGGUAACCAACUACGCACAGACAAGCCACGCGAAUGACUUCGUAAACACUAAAAGCCAGCAGGGUACAGGAAGCAGGAGGUUGUGACCACCUUGUCCCCCCUCCCCUCAACAAGUUUAGCUGAACUGCGUAGGAUGCGAACAUGAUGCCCUAUAGAUUGUACAUAGUUAAUCAACUGUCAACAAUUAAUCUCUAUGUCUGGCUGCAAGAAAAUAUGGCCAUAUGCCCAGCUGCUGGGAAGGGUCUUAAAAAAACUGAAUGCCCAGCAGUCAGAAAAUUUUUUGAAUUUCUGCAAAAUUCCUUUUUUCUAACCAUUAAAAGUAUACUAUCUUUAUUUAGAAUAACCAAGCAAUCAGGAAAACAAAACUGGCUUCACAGCUGAGCAGUUGUGGUUUCUUGGGCAUAGAGUAGAGUCCACGCUGUUUCCUGAGUUGCAGCGCAUGACUUGUGGGCAUGAUUUCACACAGGCUAAAUACCAGGCAAGCUGGAGAGUUAAAAUUCCCUCUCUUUAGCUCCAGAGUACAGUGGAACCCCAUUAAUGUGACCACUGUUGGGCCAUAAAAUCCUGGUUGUAAUAACGAGGUGGUCGCAUUAACGGGGUCCUCAAAAUAAUAAAUGACUCAAUGGUUUUUACGUUUGGUUUGAAAGAAUAUGGCCGUAAUAACGAGGUGGUCUUAUAAACGGGGUGGUCUUAAGGCGGGGUUCCACUGUACAUGCAUACUAGCCUCAAUUAGUUUUCCAAAACAAUCAGAGAGAAAGUGCUUUGAUUUUGAAUCUUUGUUUCACAACCUCAAGCCGCUUUGAGCUAGAUUCUCGACACAGCUUGAUAUACUGGUAGCGCUGCUGAAUCUUAAUAAUACAGCCAAAUUACUUUUCCAUUUUGGUAUCAUUCCUCAGUCUCCACUAGUGUUACUUUAUCUUGUACCGUAAACCGCCGCUUAUAAGCCCCCCUCUAACUGCAGUUAUAAGCUCAUCUACCUGUAAACAAAAAAAUAUAUCCGAUUUUUAGUCCCCCCCCCCCCCCGUUAAAAAGUCCCAUUCCAAAUAUUGAAAUGACCGGGUGGUGGUGGUGGGGGGGGGGGAACUCCAAGGAAUUCCUGGUGGGGGUGUGCCAUCCGGUUCUCCAAAUACUGACCCAAUCUCAGACCAAAAAAGUCAUUUUUCACACCUAUUUCUAGACCUGGCUUUUUAAAUCUAUACCCAUUUUCAGACCAAACAAACAACAGUCACAAACGCGACAGACAUGUAGAGAAGUCGUCAUUUCUUAGAUUAGAGCACCAACAAAAAAUAUCUUAAAAUUCUUUUGAAAUUUGCCUGUAAUUCUUUCUUUCACAUUCAUUUGAAAUUGAAAAUGACAAAUACAUUUAUGCACUCCCACAGUACCCUCAAAACCAUACCCGAUUCCAGACCAAAGUGGGCAAAGUCUAUACCUGUUUUCAGAUUUCAAAUCGUUGCUUUUGCAUACUUGGAUUACAAAUAAAUUUCAUUCAGGAAAUCGGUUCAAUUGUGCAGAUAUACACUAUUUAUGAUUAGGACAGACUCUUACAAAGUUAUAUAUCCCUCUCUAUUUAGGACAGACUCCUGUAAAAUUAUAUACCCUGCUUAGGACCGAGAGGACAAUAACCAUACCAUACAUAUCCCCAUAUAGGCCGUAUAAAAGAGUACCCCCUCUCCACAUGGCCUGACCAGGGCCCUCGCAAUAACUGGUCCUCCGGUUGCAAUAUCUAGUCCCCUCUCUCCCUAUCUUAAUCUGAGCCGAGGGAGAAAAAACCGGGCAACAAAACUGGGCAAGAAAAUAUUAUUAGGCACAUAUUUAUGGUAGCUGAGCAGUGUGGGAUUUUUUAACACACAAGGGAGUGUCCUAUCUCUGAUAUCCAGACUAGAUCCAUAAAAAUAUUUCUCUGUAAAUAUUAACUUAGCUAACCAAAUUAAUUUUGUAGGAAAGUAAUAGCCAGAUGAGGGGGAGGGUCUGUAUGUCAGUGUGUAAUAAAUAUUAUUAUAUGUUGCUACUAAACAGAUUAAUUUUUAUGACAAGCUGGCCUAAUUAUUUUUCAAAAACCUUGAUAACUAGAGUCAAUUAAAUUAACCACAAUUUUAAAUGGGAAGUUCGCUCAACUUUCUCCCCUUACUCUGUACAAAACCUUGACACCUCACAAAAGUUGCUUCUCGUGUAUUAAAUUCUCUUUCUUUCCUUCUUUCUUUAUUUAUUUUGACACUCAGACAAUCAUAAUUUUACUCAACAAGAAACUCUACUAGUAUAAUUAAGGAGAUGAAUUAGAUUAUAUGCACCUUAUUUCAUGCAUGCAUCAGCAAAAAUAUGAAAAUAACAGAUAUACAUAAAUCUUUUGUCAACAGGAAGCUGAAAGGUAUGGAUUUGAGACAGUUCAUGAAAUAUUUUAUCUUGCUGCUGCAGUUUUGAAUCCAACAACUCGCUGUUUCAUUAGAUGUCUAUACAACGUAGGAUUUAGGUUGGUGAAAACAGAAAAUGUCAACUGGAGACAAUUAUCACGAAAUAACUUCAGCCAUCUUUUUGUAUACAUAUCUCCUUUGGCUUCAUAUUUGCAAGGUGGCAAGAGACCUCUUCCUGGUCAAAUUAAACUGGGCACCGUUGUGAAAUUUUUGAAGGAACUUUCAGCCUCAAAUCAAAAUAGCAAGAAUGACCUGGAUGCACAUAAUGUUGAAGAAGUGCUUGUUUUGAUAGAAAGUCUUGACACUGCAAUGAAGGAAGUGUUUGUUAAGUCAUCAUUCCCUUGGCAUGGUAUGUGA